GCCGAGGUAACACUACCCAGCUUCACGUUCCCCAGCAGCUGAGAACCAACACACAGAGACUCUGCGUAUGUCUUAAGGAGCUGCGGUGUUUAUUCAUGGACAAACUGAAGCCUGCACUGUACAUUUACACGGAAAAUCCUGGAGCUUUCUUCGUGGAUAAACCGCACACCACACCACUGCGCACGCACCCUGAUGGAUGGCCACACAACAAAACUGCUCAUCUAAACCAGAGGGCAUCUCAUCUCCGGAGCAUCAGGACGCGUUUAACCACAAGAGAGGAAUAAAUAAUCAUCUGGCACAUUUUUCCCUGUGUCGCAAUCGAUCCCAGAGCAGCUCCAUGUUAUGUUAAAGUGUCAGGGCUGAAAUAGCUCCGGGCAGCCGCCGGAUCGACUGUUUCAUUUGCGCAGCUGCAUAUCCCACUUUUGUAAAACUGACCGGGGCUGCAGCAUCAACACUAAAGUACCAGCUGCUUUUACCGCAUCCUCUCCGACUCUGGCACUCUCCUCCGGCUGCUGCUGCGUGUUACUGCGCCCCGGUGCAAAGGAGCAUCGAGGAGACAAAGAAAGGAGGAGGCAAUGCAAUGAUUGCAGAGGGGUUUUAAUCGUGGAUACAAGGAACAGAGGACCGUGGGGAAACGGGCUUGUUGUUAAGGCUCCAGCGGUGUUCAGAGCUGCGCAGUGGUAGUGGAGGUUGGUCAUGGUCGGACGGGGACUGUGGGUAUGUAAACCCCGGUUUGGAAAGCGAGGCAGCAGGCUUGGUGCUUUGCCGUAUCUGUGCGUGGCGGUAGCGAGCGCAGCCCUGCUGGCUCUGCUCUUCGUGGACUUCAUCGAGUUAUGGGUCACCUCCAUGGGCAUGAACACGGUGGUGGAGCCGCACGCAGGCAUCAUCCCCCCGCAGAGCGUCCCUCCCACCAGACCCGAGGAGUUCCUGCUCAUGCCCAGCCCGCUCGUGUGCCAGCGUGCCAAGCCCUACCUCAUCACCAUGGUUACCUCGGCUCCUGCCAACCAGAGGGCCCGUCAGGCCAUCAGGGACACCUGGGGAGGGGAGGUGGAGGUGAGGGGCCUGCGGGUCAUGACCCUCUUCAUGGUGGGUGUGGCCUCUGACCCCGGACUGGCCAAGCUGCUGAUAGAGGAGGCCAGGGAGCGAGGUGACCUGAUUCAGGGGCGUUUCCUGGACACCUACUCCAACCUCACCCUGAAAACGCUGUCCAUGCUGGGCUGGGCCCGCCGGUUCUGCCCUCAGGCUCACUUCAUGGCCAAAGUGGACGAUGAUGUCCUGUUCAACCCCAGCGCCCUUCUGCACUUCCUGAACAAGAGCCGUAACCCCUACGAACAAGGAGACCUGUACCUUGGCAGGGUGCAUCUCCAUGUGGCUCCGGACCGUGACCCAGAGAGCAAGCACUACCUCCCCUCAGGGGCCUACCCGCCUUCUGUCUUUCCAGACUAUUGCAGUGGUACAGCUUAUGUUCUGUCCCGCUCUGCAUUGCUCAAGAUUUCCCUGGCAGCCUCCGCAUCACCUUUAUCCACCCCGCUGCCCCCUGAGGAUGUGUUUGUCGGUCUGUGUGCCCGGACAGCUGGAGUGCUGCCCUCGCACUGCCCGCUCUUCUCUGGAGGCCCGGCUGUGCCGUACGGACGCUGCUGCUAUCAAGCCAUGGUGUCCAUCCACCAGAUCCCACCUAGGGAGAUGCUGCACUACUGGGCUGAUGUCCACACAUCGCAGCCCUGCUCCUGGCUGGGCCUACGUGCAUCUCUGGGGCUCUGCAAAGUCCGGGCGAUGCUGGGGUCAGCUCUGGGGCUGGAGCAAGGGUUGUGAGGAAAAGAGGAUGAUCAGCUGGUUGUAUGAAGAAUUGUCACAGUAGUAUUUAAGCUAUCUUUAGACUGUUACAGCACCCUUCAUUAGUACACUGACACAUAUUGUAGAUGUAGAACAGGCAACACCGGCAUGCUUACACAGUAAGGAAAUACAGCUGCUUAUGUGAUGAAUGCACAUUGGAACAAGUAUUUCUAUCAACAAAGUCUGACAUCUAUAGGCUGCUACCCUCACAUAUAGAUAUAUAUAUAUAACACCUUACUAUUACCAGGUACUUCAAGUGUAGAUGUUAGUCUAUUAAGAUGCCUAAAUGCAUGAUGCUCCAAACAAUUGUACAAUAGAUAUCAAACCACAGGCUUCAAAUACCAAGUAGGAAGGAAGUAAUACGAAUAUUUGCUAAAACCUUUAUGUUGAAACAGAAAAAUAAUCACCUCAGUACAUGAAUAUAAAUAUGCUGUUUUUCAGUAGUAAUAAUAAUGACAUGAUGAUAUGUGCAACCUAGCAUUAACUUGACAGCUGAAACUGGAGACAGUAAGAUGUGUUCAGUUUUGUGAACAGACAGCAGAGGAGUUUAAUACUUUGUCUUUGGAGGCUCUGCUGCCUCACAUCAGCUGCGAUCGGAAAUAUAACCACGAGACUGACGUGACACACAGCUAUAAUCCCACUGAACUGUAGUAUUUAUUACCUUUCUCUGUAAUAGAGAGAUUAGACAUUUAAGUAGAGCGUUAAUGACAGCUUUGCGGCGGUGUGUUUGGUCUGAGUAUGUUUUAAAAGACAGUUUACAAUGUGUCAGGAUGAAGCCUCAGGCUGUCUUACCCCGCCCACAAUGUAAACAAAGAGAAAGAUGGUGUGUUUACACUCAGGAAACAUGUGUUUGAAUGGAAUACUGUCACCA